AUGAAUCCUACGAAGAAACCACACGUUGGCGUUGUGGGAGCAGGCAUGGCGGGUUUGCGGAGCGCCGGCUAUCUACUCGAGCUAGGAUUCCAAGUCACCAUUCUAGAGGCAAGAGAUCGCCUUGGCGGGAGGAUAUACCAAGAGAAGCUUCCCAACGGGCAUUUCGUGGACAUGGGAGCGAAUUGGAUUCACGGAACAAAAGAAAACUCCAUCUUUCAACUCGCCAAAGAGACAGGCACCAUCACGACCAAUUGGGACGGCGACGCAGCAGUGUUUGAUGAGCACGGGCAUAUGCUCCCAGCGAAGGAUGGCGAGAGGUAUUCCACGAUAAUGUGGAAUACCAUUGCGGAGGCUUUUCAGUACUCGGACAAGCACAGUGCUGAGAUCGAAACCAGCAGGUCACUCCUGGAUUUCUUCAGGGAGAAAGUAGUAGAGCAGAUUCCGGAGACAGAAGAGGACUAUGCAAGGAAAAGAGAGAUUGUCCUCCAGAUGGCGGAACUAUGGGGCGCAUUCGUGGGCAGUCCUGUUGAGAAACAGAGCCUAAAGUUCUUUUGGCUGGAGGAGUGCCUGGACGGAGCAGAAAACCUCUUUUGCUCCGGGACCUACCGAAAAAUCAUGGAAAAGAUCGUAGCUCCAGUCGUCGACGGUGGUGCAGAUAUCAAACUCCAAACCAGAGUCGCAGAGAUCUUUGGCAAAUCCAACACAGGCAGCAACACGGUCAAAGUCAAGACCACCGACAACCAAUUCUACGAAUUCGACGAACUCGUCCUCACCACCCCCCUAGGCUGGCUCAAGCAAAACCUGCAAGCCUUCCACCCUCCUCUCCCUCCCCGCCUAACCACGGCCAUCCAAAGCAUCGGCUACGGCUGUCUCGAAAAAGUCUACAUGUCCUUCCCCAAGGCCUUCUGGCUCGAACCCGACGCCGCCAACAACAACAACCGCACCGUCAAAGGUUUCUGCCAAUGGCUCUCCCCCUCCUACGCCUCCUCCACCAACCCCUCCCGCUGGACCAACGAGAUCGUCGAGCUCGGCUCCGCCGACCCGUCCGUCGCCCACCCGACUCUGCUCUUCUACAUCUACGGCGCCGAGUCCGAGUACGUGACCUCCAAAGUCCGCUCCCUUUCCUCUUCUUCCAGUUCCGGUGCCGAUAAGAACGGCUCCGGCACCAGCUCCGACCAAAACGAAGCGGCACAACAACAAUUCCUCUACGACUUCUUCAAACCCUACUACUCCCUCCUCCCCUCCUACAACCCCGCCGAUCCCAACUGUCAACCGAGCGGGUAUCUAGCCACCGACUGGCUGCACGAUGACCUAGCGGGCAACGGGAGCUACUGUAAUUUCCAGGUGGGGCUGCAAGAAGGGGAUAAGGACAUUUUGGCUAUGAGGCAUGGUGUGCCCGAAGAGGGGGUGUGGAUGGCGGGAGAACAUACGGCGACUUUUGUGGCGUUGGGGACGGUGACGGGGGCGUAUUGGAGUGGUGAGGAUGUGGCGAGGCGGAUUGCGGAGGGGUAUGGGAGGAGUGUUUCUGGGGGGAGGGAGUCGGCUGUUUGA